UUGUUUUUAAGUUAAAUUUUUUCAAUUUUAUUAUUUUUUGGGAGGGUUUUGAACCCCCAAAACCCCCUAGAUACGGCCCUGGCCCUGCUCUUAUAGCAAUUUUACAGGGCCGCAAUUUUAUAGCCAAACCUUCCCACUGAGAUUCCUUUUUUUAAAAUUAUUCGCAGCGCCUAACCCAUAACUCCGUAUUGUACAGGAGAAAAAGUGGCAACGAUGAAGUGCUAUUUAUCUGUUCAAAUGGGCUCAAGAAAAAAUAAAAACGUUUUUGCUAAAUAUCGGUUUUAUCCGAAUAUAUGCGGAAGUAUACGGAAUUUCCCAAUUAUUUCACCUUAUCUCUACAAAAUAUCGCUGCAAAACUUUUAUUGUUUUUAUUUUUAAUGGCAGAAUAGACAGUUUUUAUUCUAAACAUAAGCCAUAAACAUGCAUGGACCUUUAUUUAGGUUAGCCAAUGAAUGGCCAAAAAUAUAUGAUUUCAGCAACACUCUACUCUACUGGAUAAUCGAAGGUUCCCGCUAUUAUUUGCCUUGUUGAGACCCCACUUUACCGUGAUUUGUGAUAAGGCAAAAAAUUUAUAUUUUUAUGGGUUAUUAUUGUUUGUAGCUGGUGGAAGGUCACACCACAUAAAUGUUAUCAGGCUUCUUGUGUAAAAAAUGGGUAAUUGUUUUGGUUGUUGUCGCAAUAAUGAAGAUAUAUUGCCUCAUAAUGAUAAUAGAAAUUUGUCCAGAUCUGGUACCGAAACAGAAACUAGGACUAGCAGACACAAUUUUGAAGAAUAUGGUAAAAAUCAAAGAAACGCCAGGGAAACGCGAAAUAUUGCAACACAAUUUGAAGCACCUACAUCUAAAGAAAGUAACCAAAAUAAUUUGAUAUCAUUUGAAACUGAUAUAAGAGACAUACAAGCGGCAACAAACAAAUCAAAAUCCUUAGCCCCAAUCAGUAGGCCAGAUGCUUUAGGACCAAAUAAUAAACAGGUUGAUGCUUCGACAUCUAGAAGUACCCAUUAUUACCAAUAUGAAAAGCAAAUCAGCAGAACACCAAGUGAAAUUAGUAACCGAGAGACAACAAGCAAAUUAAUGCCAGAUGCUUUGAAAAGGGAGCUACAUAGGCUACAAACUAACAAAACGAUAAUUAAUAGAAUAGAAGAUAUUUUGUUGGACCUUUGGCCAGUAAUGGAUAUUCGUCAUCAACCACGUCUACCAGAUAACCGAGCGUAUAUUUUGGAAGAACUGGAUGCCAAGUCUGAGAGAUUUUUAAGGAUGCAUUUAUUCAGGAACAAAAGAUUUAAUGAACAAUUUGUUAUAACAAGGGCAGUAAGAGUUUGGAAUCCUUAUUUGAUGCUACAAUAUGCGCUCAACAAGAAAAAAUACGAAACUUUGCUCCACGAACGCCAUCUGUAUCAUGGUACCAGAGAGUCAUCAAUUCAUGGUAUUUUAACACAUAAUUUUGACUGGAGAAGGGUGCAGGAAGAUACUUUUGGACGUGGAGUGUAUUUUGCUAACAAUCCGUUAUUUGCCAGUCAUUUCAGCAUAAAACACAAACCGCCGUUCAAAAUGAUAGUAGCUAAAGUACUAAUUGAUAAAGAUGAAAAUGAUAUUCGCAUGGGUAUACCUGGUAUGGUACUGCCACCCAUAGGCCACACCGCUCUUAGUAAAAACAACCAGGAAUACAUUAAGUUUGAAGAUGGCUGCUUUUAUCCUGAAUUUUUAGUUUCUUUUACUCGCAUUAUGAAUUAACGUUAUAAUAAAUAUUUUGUAUAUUUUGUUUCAAUUAUUAUCACUCAGUAGGUACCAGAUAAGCAAUACAUUUAAUCCGCAUAUGAUCAGAUUGAGAAUACUUUAGAAGGUAAUCCUUAAAGUUCAUUUCUCUACUUUCAAGUAAAUUCUUCCAUUUGGAAUCUAGAAAUCCAGGACUCGUACCUACAAGUUCAAGUAAAGCAAAAAUUCCGGUACUAUUACAGAGCCCUUCAAAAAAAUCCCAGCUGAGAAUAGACACAGAUAAUCUAAUCUUCUGAAAUGCACAGAUAAUUCUCGAGUGAUAGUUUGCCAACAAUUACCGAAUGCACUUUCAGUAUAAGUCGAAAAUGGGGCUGUGCCAUUGGUUCAGCUGUUGUAAAUUCAAAUUAUGUGCAGACUGUAAUAAAGUUAGCGACGAUAAUUAUCUAGCAGAGAAUAACAAUGUAGAAUCCAAUAUAAGUGAUUUAGUAAUAAAAGCUCAGCCUAUUGUGAA